AGUAAAGGAUCAAAGAGAUGUUUCUGGAUCUUGUAUUUAAUUUUUGCUGCUCGAAACGGCAGAGGGACGAAAAGGAUACAAAAUCAUAAAAUAGCAAUAAAAGUUAGGAGGAACAAUUUUUGGAGCAAAGACGGAUUGAGUUGGACAUUGGUAAAACUGCAAUGAAUGAAAUGAUAAGUAGCAAAAAUUAUUGAAAUUUAAAAGAGUCUAAGCCUGCAUCAUCGAUUGGAUCGCCUACGGAUAACUAUCUACAAUUAAAUGAAGAAAAAUAAUAAAAAAAGAGUAGUUUCGAAGAAGACAACAUUUAAGAGAAUUAGUUCGAUUAUCGAAUGGAGGAUGCCAAUAGAGGGAAUCAUUAUCAAGUGAAAGAUCACUAAGGCGUUCGGUAAGAGGAAAUACAUAUUGUUUUAUAAUAGUUCCAAAUCUCAGGAGAAGGUAGAGAAGGGUUUGAAAAAGAAGAUAAGCAAAGCAAAGGAGAAACAAGAAGGAGACAAGAGGGUUGUAAAAAUUUGGCAACCCGAAGAGGAUUAACGCCUAAGAAAACUGUACUAAGAGUAUUAGGGAAAUUGGAGCAAAAUAAUUCAAUUUAUGCCUGAACGAAAUAUUUCAUAAUGUUCCCAGAGAUGGAGGAGGAUAAAUCCCAUUCAAGUUUUUAUUUGGAUGAUAAUUUUUAGAAUAAACAAAAGUGGACUUUGGAGGAAGAUACAAAGUUGGUGUAACUGGUUGCUUAGGAAGGAAAAAAUUGGACUAAGUUGGCCAGACAUUUCUAAGGAAGAACAGGCAAAUAAAUAAGAGAAAGAUAUCUCAAUAAAUUGGAUCCCACACUCAAUUUUGUACCUUGGACAGAAUAGGAGGAUAAGGAAAUCGUCAAAUAUUAUAAUCAAUAUGGUGCGAAGUGGAGUGUGGUUGCAUCCCAUUUAAAGGGGAGAUCUGUACAAUUAUGUAAUAAUGUAGGAAAAUAUGGUGAAAAACAGGUUCUACUCACACAUCUAAAAACACUUGUUGGGUCGACAGAAUAAAUAUCAAAUUAUUUAUAACUCUGGUCACAGCCAAUAGAAUGGCACUUAAUAGCAAUAAGAAGGAAAUUAAAAUAUGGAUGUUGAAUAUUCUGAUACUUCUAAUAGCGAAUAAAAGUUAGUGCAUUCCGAAAAUUAUUCAGUAUAUAUCAACUAUUAUAAGUAGUCUUCAAUCGGAUCGAGUACCUUUACUUUUUCUUAUUAUGAAGAUGAAGAUUUUAGCGGAAAUGGUUAAGAUUUAAUCUAUGAUAAUUAAUUUGAAUAGGAUUUCGAUGAAAAAGCCAGAGUUUAUUGA